GGCCCUGGACACUGGCGUUUGCCAACUUCCUUCUCUGUCAUCAUGUGCCGCUGCCUCGCCGGCUGAUGCAAGGUGCUCUGUUUCAUAAACAGCGUCCUGGCGCUCUAACUGCGCUGGCGCCGAGCCGCGCUCCCGUUCAGUGUGCUUUGAAAAUGUCUGAAAAUUCCAGUGACAGUGAUUCAUCCUGCGGCUGGACUGUCAUCAAUCACGAGGGUUCUGAUAUAGAGACAGUGACCUCAGAAAAUGGAAGCACAAAUGACAGCCAUGAGUUUGUUUCAGAAGAAUAUGUUUCUUUGCAAGAAGAGGAGCAGGCAAUUGAUGUGCAAGCUCAGUGCAACAAUGAUGAAGAGAUCCCAGCAGUAGAUAAUACUCCAUCUGGUUUUGAGGAAACUCAGACAGUUCCAGAGGGAAAUAAAGAAAAAGUUCCUGAUGAUGUGUCCUGCAUUGGAACUAUUAGUGAUGAUUCUGAUAUUGUCACACUUGAAGCUCCAAAACCAGAAGAAACUCAGAGUCAGGAGGAAACUCCAGCUGAUGGUGAAGAAGCUCAGAGUUCAGAGGAUUUUAACAUGGGUUCCUCCUCUAGCAGUCAAUAUGCAUUUUCCCAUGUAGAAACUGUUUUCCCAUCCCAGGCCAGCCCCGACGAGUCCAGCAGCGAUGAAAGCAGCAGCCCGAGCAGCGCGGCCGUGCGCAAGCGGCGCCCGCGGAAGCGCGGGGUGUCGAGCUCCGAGCCCGAGGGGGCGGCAGCGGCGGAGCCCGAGGCGGAGCCGCCCCGGGACGAGCAGCACAAGCGCCAGUUCAGCAGUGGCCUGAACAGAUGCAUCAUCCUGGCGCUGGUGAUCGCCAUCAGCAUGGGCUUCGGACACUUCUACGGUACAGUGCAAGUCCAGAAACGGCAGCAGCUGGUGACAAAGACACGUGAAUUAAAAGAUAUGAAAGAUGACCUUUACCAGUGCCAACAAGAGCAAAGAGAUCAAGUGCACCACAAAGUGGGGUCACUCAAGGGAGAUCUUGCCACAUGUUUGACCUUUACUGAGGUGGAGAAGAAAUCGUUUGAUUCUCAAAAAAAAAGUCUUGCUGCAGAAAAUCAGCACCUAAGAGAAUCUCUAGAGAAAGAAGAAAAAGCUUUGGCCUCACUUCAGGAAGAAUUAAGGAAGCUAAGACAACAAAUUAGGAACUUAGAAGAUAAAGGUAGUAGCACUGAAUCUAUUGUAAUAGAAAAUCAGAAACUGAGGGAGCAUUUGGAAGAAGAAAAGCAAAGGAACAGCAAUUUUCUCAGGCAAAAGGAAACGCUCUUUGCAGAGGCGCAGAUGCUAAGGCGAGAACUGGACAAAGAACGUCACGUUACAGAAGCUCUGAAAAAAGAACUAGAACAGUUAAGUUCUCGUCAAACACCUGACAGUGCUGCUGCUGAUGAUGAUGAGACAUUAAGAGAAAAUCAAGAAAUAGAAACCCUGCGAGGAAGACUGGCAGAACUAGAAAAAAAGCUAAACUUUGAGCAGCAACGCUCUGACUUAUGGGAGAAACUGUAUGUUGAAGCAAAAGACCAAUCUGAAAAACAAGAAUUUAAUGAAAAUGGACAAAAGAAAGGUGCUAAAGGGCAAAGUAAGAGUAGAAAGAGAUCAAAGGAGACAUUUUUUGGUUCAGUUAAAGAAACUUUUGAUGCUAUGAAAAAUUCCACAAAAGAGUUUGUAAGACACCAUAAAGAAAAGAUUAAGCAGGCUAAAGAAGCAGUGAAAGAAAACUUGAAAAAAUUCUCUGAUUCUGUAAAGUCUACAUUCAGACACUUCAAAGAUACCACAAAAAACAUCUUCGAUGAAAAAGAGAAGUCAUCAAGCGAUAAAAGAUAUGAGGCAAACAAGAAAGCUCGAACUUUUUACCGAGACCAUAACUCCUACUCUGAGAAUCUGAAGCACAUGCAUUACAGGGGAUCUCACAUGCCAAAAGAAUCCAGAAAUGGAAGGAAACAUCAUUUUACAGCAUUUGAAAAAGAUUCAGAUUCCCAGAAAUGUCUCAAUGAUAAUUUGUGUAAUAGAAAACAUCAGUUUGCCCUGAAGGGCUGCUCUGGUAUUUUUGAAUGUGCUCAUCAAGAAUUCAUUAGUCUCUUUAACAGAGUUUCGGAUCCCAUCAGGGUGGAUGAAUUUAAUCGGCUAAUGAGAAAGUAUGUGCAGCAAGUUGUACAUAACUUUCAUCACUGGAGAGAACUAGAAAAUUUCAUCAAUAAGUUUUUUCAUAAUGGAUUGUUUAUACACGACCAGAUGCUGUUCACUGAUUUUGUUAAUGAUGUCAAGGAUUACCUGGAAGAUAUGAAGGAAUACCAAAGUAAUAAUGAGAAGGUUUUUGAGGAUUUGGACAAAUACGUCUACAGAUACUACUUCCAUUAUGAUAAUUCACCCCAGUAUGGACCCAGUCGACCUAAAAGACCUUAUACACAAACUGAAAAUUCCAGACAUGAAAAACAAGCUCAGAAGUACCAACACCGUAAUAAAAGAGAAGGUAAAUGGUAUAAACAUGGUCGCACUAAUGGAAGACACAUGGCAAAUCUUGAAAUAGAAUUGGGGCAACUACCCUUUGAUCCAAAAUACUGAGUAAUUUAUUGUAAAAAUUAAGAUUAAAAUUCACAUGCUCUCUGGAAACUAAUUGUUUUUCAACAAAGCAGCAAAAUGCAAGUGUAUUUAUCUGAAUAAUUUGAUUUUUACACAUUUUUGUUAACAGGCAGAAGUCAGGCUUUCUGAUUUGCAUAUUCUGUACUGUUGCUUUAACUGUUCUUUGGAAGUAAAGAUAGUUUGGGUGCCAGCAGUAUUGUUGCAGAAACUAGGCAUGCCAUGACCUGUGUAUGAAAAAAUGCUUAAUUGCAUUCCAUUAGUGUAGUUAAAGCUUGAGCCAUGCAUAAUGUACCAACUACUAACUCCAAUGUUUGAUAUACUAACUUCAUCUCAUCCUUCAAAAAAUAGAUCAACUUUGUGGUAAUGUAUUUGUUAGUGUUUUGUAACCUUAUAUUUGCUUCCUGUCUUUGGGGGGGCUUCAAGAGCCUGUUGAAUUGUGAAGAAUUUGCUGUGCUGCAUUCUAAUCAGCGUGCUGAUUUAAACACUUGAAAUGUCUUGCAUAUCUGCAUAUUGUAGAAGAAAAAUAAAAGAGACACUGUGGGUAAAA